GAGUUGGGUCAUUAUUUUCAAAUUGUUGAUGAAAAUUCUGUUGCUUUGACAAACUUAUUAAGGUUGCUGAAUGCAAUAGAAUUAUGUGGUACAAGACUGCUUUGUGAUAGAGGCAUAGCUUAUGUUUUCCAAACUGGCGUAACUCCUGUUGCUAUGUUUGAAUUUACUUCAGGAGACCUUGAAGCAAUCUUUUAUGGACACCUUCACGCGGAUAUUAAACCAGAAUUUUGGGUAAAUUCUCAGAACUCUCAUUUAGGUAAUAAGGCAAUUGAUUUAGUGAAAACAAGUACCAGAGGAAGGAUAGCAAUCGAAUUUGAUAAUAUUAGGAUGGAAUGCAUUAACCUAAACAGAACUCAAAAGAAUGAAAUUGUAAACCUUGAAAUUAGUGAUCCAUACCGACCAAAUCAAAAGACAGUUCAUGAAGCUUUGGAAUGGAAGGUUAAAAAGAAAAGCAAUAAGUAUUUAGAGCCGUUAAAAAAACGACAUGUUUAUUGUUUUGAAGGUAGGUUUGCAUCGUCUAAUUAG